UGAAUAAGUUUGUCGUCACAUGCUUUUCUAGCGUUCAAAUUUUUAAUAUAAGUAUUGCAUAGUUCCUUUGUAUAUAGCUGUUUAAAUAAGAAAUGUCACUUUUCGUGUUAGGACCAAUCUUGUAUCCGGAUUGUUUCAGAUUGAUUUACAGCGUGAGCAGAUCUGUAAAAAAGGUAUUUCUGUUUUACACCAUCUACCGAACUAAAUCGAAGACAAAGGCUUACAUUGCGUGUAAAGAGGCUUGGAAAGAAAUUCAAGUUUAUUUUGAUAAUGCAGUAAUUACUCACAACAUUGCUGUCAUAAAAAUAUGGUUCGAUGAAAAUGAAAUCUUUCCCUCAAAGGACAACGAUGUUGAAUCAGAGUUCGACCUGCCGGUGUUCAAAUUGUGGGAUUCGCCGCAGAAGCUUUCAGGAUACUCUUGUUCGUCUUUCGUUUUCCUCCGGGCUUAUAUGCGUAAAUGCGGGAUGGAAUUUAAGCCUAAAUUAACAGAAAGAGUGAUUGGCAAAAGAAAAUCGAAACAAUCAGGGGCCAGUAAGAAGUCGGCUUCCCCCGAAGAGACAAAUAAGUUCCUUCACUAUCGAUUUCCCUCGUACGACGCUUCAGUUCGCAGCGAUACAGAAAGUUCGGCUUCGUUUUCGAGUCUUCAAAAAUUUCUAAUGUCAGACUACAGCAUCGGUGUGAACGAUUGAUGCGUUCCAUUAGAGAAGAAUGAGAAUAUUUGAAUUGUCGUAUCGACUCUUCCGACGAUGCUUUGACACAUAAAUAUGAAAUUAAUGAACAAAGAAAAUAACCUACUAAGUUAUAAGUUGUGAAUAAAGCGUGU